CGUGAUAUUAUGAGAUGUGUAUUGUGUACCGUAGCUUUUUCCAAAGAGUAUAAUAAUAUAUGUAGGCUUUUUCAUUGAUUAAUACCGGGUAGGGUAGAGAAAAAUCAAGAAAAGUAUUUCAGAAGCGUAAAUCUCCAUUGUAAUAUAUAAUUCUUAAACAUUGUUUAUAAAAUUAAUCAACAAUGUCUAAAUCAAGUAAUGAAGGUGAAAUUUUAUUAAAGGAAAAGUAUGUUUCCUCAUGUAAAGAGAGGCUUUACAUCAAGCCACCUGAGCAGCAAAACAUUGUUAUAUUAGAAGAGAGGCGGUUCAGUGACAUAAUUAAGUGGUUUACCCAAAUAUUUCUACCUCAGGGCUAUCCAGAGAGUGUUAGCAAAGAUUACUUACCAUACCAAGUGUGGGACACAGCACAAGCUUUCUGUAGUACAAUUUCAGGCAUUCUUGCAACACAGGAGGUACUUCGAGGAGUGGGGGUGGGAGAUACCAACGCCACCCCUCUUGCAGCUACUAUCACUUGGGUCCUCAAGGAUGGUUGUGGACACAUUGGGAGAAUAUUAUUUGCUUUCAGUCACGGAACUUACCUAGAUGCAUACAGUAAAAAAUGGAGACUUUAUGCUGAUACUCUUAAUGAUGCAGCAAUGUGCAUCGAAAUAGCUUUGCCGAUGUUCCGGAACUACACUACAUUUGCAUUAUGUGUCAGUACCGUCAUGAAGGCUAUUGUGGGGGUUGCAGGUGGUGCUACUCGAGUAGCGAUGACCCAACACCACGCAAUAAGAGGCAACAUGGCUGACGUAUCGGCGAAGGAUUCUGCUCAAGAAACUGCGGUCAAUCUCAUUGCCUCGCUCACAGCACUGCUAAUUAUUACGUUAUUUGGCAACUCUAUUAUAAUAUUUAUAAUGAUGAUAAUACUUCAUAUUACAUUCAACUAUUUUGCUGUGCGAGCUGUUUGCUUGAAAACGUUGAAUGAACCAAGAUUCCUACAAGUUAUCGAAACAUAUUUGAAGAAAGAAGUCAUGGCUACUCCUUGCGAAAUAAAUCAGAAUGAACCAAUCAUAUUUUAUCAAUUAGGACCAAAUUUAUUAGACUUGAAGAUCGCCGGAUUUCAGAUAAAAUUAGGAGGUUCAGUAAAGUCCUUUCUAGAGCGUAAUCCCAACGCAGCGUGUUUGAAGGUUCUGAGCGAGAUCUAUGAGCGCCGCCAGUACAUGCUGGUCCCGGACGUGGCGAGCCGCCAACUGCUGGUGGUGUUGAAGGAUGCGGCCGCGCCGGACGACGUCUUGUGCGCUUACUUCCACGCCGUGCUGCUAUCUAUCGUUAUGUGCGCUAUCAACGACCACUAUUUGCCAAUAUAUCAAAGCACGGGCUAUCCCCGGCCUUUCGCCCUGGUGUGCCAAGCGCUGCAAGCGGCCGAGUGGAGCCGCGCGGCCGCGGACGGCGCCGCUGCUGGCCGCUUCUCUUACGGACCGUCCGCAGAGCUCGCGCGCUAUGUCGACAAGUUGGUCAACAAGGAGUGGCACCGGAUGAGGGCGGGUAUGAGGCAGACAGGUUGGGACUUGAAUAAACACCUUCUAAUGGUGGACGAAUGGCGUAUUUGUAAUGCCAACGCCACAGUAGAACCAUCCUCAAAUAAAUUGCACUUAAAUGAAGAAAUCGGUGAGCCGGGUAAAAGACUAAUAGCAUUUGACGACUUGGUGGGCGAAUACAUGGAUAUCGACAGUAGGGAACUCGCGAUGAAACCCAAUGCGUUCGAGAGUCUGCCGAGUGGAAUGGUAUUCAGAAGACAAUCAGAUGCGAAAGUACUGAACGCGACGGAAGCGAAGCCCGAUGUGAUUGAUCUGGACAAGCAAUGACUGGUAGACGUUGAUGUGGAUGUCAUUAAAUUGCAUCCGCUGCUACCUGUUAAAAGCAAGCUUUAGGGCUGAAUCAAUCGAAUCGAGAAACACAUUAAGGACAUUUUCACUUAACUUUGCAUUUUUAACGCCCGGUUAGCAGUCGUUACAAAACUGACGGUCAAUUUUGGCAGGAAUGUAACGGUUAGACGUUACUGAAACACGACUGAAGUCGCCCUUUAAAGUACAAGUUAAAUGAAAAUGCCCUUAAACAGUAUAUCUAAGAUAGAGAUCCUCUUUUAAGGUGGCGACUGACGUGAGCAUUUGCUCGAUGCGAAUAUUCGCAUUUGCUCGAUGCGAGCAUUUGUUCGUUGUGAGCAAAAGCUCAAAACACCUGAAUAUUUGCCUCGAUUAUAUGUUCGCCUGUGCUCCAUACAUUCAUCCAGAAGUAGGCAAAAUGGCGAACGUAGAGGUAGUGUGUGCUGCGUUCCUUUUAAUCCGUUACUGUUAUUUAAACAAGAGAAGAAAUUGUGUAUGGAUAACAAAUUUGUUCAAAAAGCGAAAUGAAACUGGCGGAUUGAACUUGAUGAAUAUUCUAAAAAACCAAGAAAUUAGCGGUCAAUAUAAAAAUUUUGUGCGAAUGUCCUCGACUGCGUCCACGUGCGCUCUCGCUAGCGACUGACGUGUAAUGAAACAUUCAAAGGGAUUUGCCAAAAAACCGACAGCCCGGUGGAGCGCGCUCGAGCGUUCGGCGCUCGCCAUCGAGCUGCUCCGUUCGAUGUACUGACGUGCCGAAUAUUCGACUUAUAACGCGCUCGCAUCGAACAAAUGCUCACGUCAGUCGCCACCUUUAGAGUUACGAGUAAGAUCAUCUAAUGAGUUGUGACAAAUCUGUUCUUGAUCGCAAUAUUAUUGUAAGCACAGCUGAAGCGUUGCAGCAAUCUUAACCGUUAUCCGAGUAAAGGUACAGGGGGCCGAUUUUUGAAUUUCGAUCGUUCGAUUUCGUCACUCGAAAAUCGGUGGAAAACUGUGAAAUGCUCAUUUUUGAAAUACGAGCGAUAGAAGACCUAUAUCGAUUAACUCAAUUAUAGACAGGGAUCGUACAUUUUCCAGCAUUUUUGGUGCACGAAGUGUUGUUAACGGAAUUGGUAUAAAUAAUUUCAACCCUGAUGAUUAAUUAGCGUUUAUUACGUUGAUAUCCCUUUAUUUACCAUUUCAGUUUAACCCUUUGACCGCCGUUGUCCGGUAUAGAAGACAACGAUAGAACGAUACGCUGGCGCCGUCGUCUUGUAUACAAGACACAAAUUCAACCACUGAGUUAAUGUGAAAAUAAUAACAAUUGCAAUUUCAUUUACACUCGUGUUCAUAUUUAAGGUCUUUGUUUUUUCAUUUAUUUGCUUUUUAAGCCGCUAUAUAAAUCCCUUCUUUUAUAAUAAGGCAUUUAAAAAAAUUGCUCCAAUUUUCAACAUUUUUCAUGUUCCUCGUCGCCGUUGUCUUGUAUAAAAGACAGCUAGGGAUGGGAAUGUUAACUCGAUAUGGGAAUUUUUAAAGUAAAUAUAAAGUCAGAAAUAUGUUUUUAUCUAAGUAUUUGGACACUUGUUAAUCGCCAAUUUUUUUUAACGAAUAGUAGGUAACUACUUACUAGAAUACGUAGAACGAGAGUCAGAUAGGCAUAACUAUAUUUAAAGUUCAGGUAGCUUCUUUAGCUCUAUAAAGUAGAGCCAGACAAGUAAAUUUGCCAUUGUAGAUUGUGGACUAUUUAAUUGCAGAAGAGAUAAAUAAAAAAAAUAAUUGAUGUUAUUUUAUAGCUUAGUGGGAAGGGAUACACCGCAGCGACCGCUUCGCACAAGUGUGGUACAGGGACAUACCUGUUUAUCAGACUUUACUUUUAUUGUUAUAACAUUGAAGUUAAUGUGUAAUUUUUUUGUAACAAAUCGUUGAACGUUUUUUUGAUAAGAGUUUACCUACAGAUUAAUGUAAACCAAACUGAAAUUAUAAUGAUAGAUUCUAAUUCCGGAAUAAUAUCUUCACUCAUUAAAAAUUCAACCCACGUGUAAUUUUCACUAAAACAGUUCCGGUAUAUUGACUUUAUCGACACAUGAUGCGCAGCUUUAACGUUACGCCAAUAAAGUUUACGUACCGACAAGCGCUUACGCCGUUGACCUAGAGACUAUUAUUACUUGAUCCGCGCGGAAACAGUCCUUGUCGGUCUGCAUUGCGGGCAGUCCAUGGGCGCCGUUGUCUUGUAUAAAAGACUUCUCGUACAGCCUAGUGCGGCGAUAUCACGUCUUGAAUCGACAUUGUUUAGUGGUUGUUUUUUAUGUUAAAUCCCUAUAUUUUAAACAUUUUCGGGUGUAAAACAUAUGUUUAAUUUUGGCAAUUUGGAAUGAAAUUAAAACAGGAUAAGAACAAAGCUAAAUUAAAAAGAUUUUUACCAUAAUAUUUUAAAUAUCGAUAUCACUAUUUGCAAUCCCUAAACUUUUUAUUAGUUGUUUACUUAAAAUUUGCUCUGGCGUGUGAGUGAGCGUCUUUGCGGACUAGGUCCGGCGGCCAAAAGGUUAAAUUAAGUAUCUAUACCAAUUCCGUUAACACCACGCGAAUCGAUUUGAUGCAGCGGAGUGGUGUAACGGAAUUGGUAUAAAUAAUUUCAACCCUAAUGAUUAAUUAGCGUUAAUUACGUUCAUAUUAACCUUAAUUUACCAUUUCAGUUGAAAUUAUCUAUACCAAUUCCGUUAACACCACUCUGCUGCACCAAAAAUGCUGGAAAAUGUACGAUCACUGAUUAUAGAUCUCCACCUGUCUUUAAAGAAUCCGAGGUUUCGUCAUGAAUAUAUUCAUGAGAAACAAUUGCUUACUUUCGAAAUUCGAAAAAGCAAAAUGUUUAUUGAGAAUCAGAAAAGGGAUCCUAAUCGUGCCCCUUCGGACUCGGCCACGGCAGCAGGUGAUAAUAAAUCUGUAGGUAUAAUACAUAAUUAGGUAUGUAGGUAUAAAAAAUAUGUGCAAUAUUUAAUCACCCAGUAAGUGUAUAUUUUUAAAUUAAAUUCAACCAAAACUU